UUCACCAAACAGCUGUAUAGUAAGAAAUAAAGUGUUUUGAAAAAUUUAUAUUGAUUCGCAUUGCAUAAAUUAUCCUCACUUCGUAAUUUAAUCUAAACAUAAUAACAUAUAUAACCCGAAAAAGUAAACACUACAAAAGUAUUCAUUAAUAUGAGUUUACCACCAGCAUUACUUCAACGCCUGGCACAACGUGGACUUGUCCAAAAGUCGAAAUCAAAAGAACCAGAUGCACCAUUGGCAGUACCAGUGGAAAAUGAAGAAGUUAUUGCCGAAGAUUAUGAUGAAAUGGAUACAGAUGAACAGCGUGCAGGUGUGCAUGAAGAAUAUCAAUAUCCGCCACUAUAUGACACCGAUACAGGCAGCAAACGUGUUGAGGAGAAUUUCUGGCUGGAACGCAUGAAAGAGCGUAUGGGCGAAGCCAAUUCUACCACUGGACAUCGCGGUUGUCCGAAUAAAUACAAUAUAUGGCACAAAUGUACGCUAUUUUGUGUCAAUCGUUGGGGUGAUGGCAAAACUGAACCUAGCCGUGAAUAUAUGAGGCGCUAUAAACGUUUACGCCGCAAAUACCCGCUGCCCAAAGGCUGGGCUGAACGUUAUGAUCCUGGCUGUGCCAGUUAUUAUUUCUACAGUAUUGCCGAAAAUUUGGUUUCUUGGUUACCACCUACACAUCCAAAAUCGCAGGUUACCAAAAGUGCUGCCGUUUUUCGCCGACAAUUAGAAGAGGCUGCUGGCGGAGAGGGUGGUGGCGGUAGUGACGGUGAACAGCACGCAGACGAUAGUGAUGAUGCACAAGAAACAGAACUCGCACGACAUCAACGUGAAAUAGACGAAAUCAUUAGUUCGUCAAUGCGACCCCGCUCUCCAACUUUGCCAAAGCAAGAUUUCCCCAGCUUACAGGAGAGUACAGCGGUAACUAGCACAGCACCACAACGCAAACAGAAAUCACGUGAUUUAGACCGCACGAUAGCAAAGCAAAGACGUGACCGUGAUAAGGAACGUGAGCAUGGCGCUAGUCGCAGACAUCGAGGACGAAGUGAUGCUGAGCCGGCAGAUCCCAUGGAUCCCAGCUCUUACUCUGAUAUACCGCGCGGUAAGUGGUCCGAUGGCUUGGCUACAGGUGGCGGUGAUGAGCAAAAAAAAUCGAAGGGCGCAAUCAAAGAUGUGGGAAAAGAACGUGAAAAAAAUGCAGAUGUGCGAAGUGGUAGCGAUGACUAAACAUUUUGUAUUAAAUAUUUACAAAUAUUAAAUAAAAUAAUACAAUAGUGUUUUGAAAUUA